GAAGUGGCUGAGCCGGAAGUGGCGGCGGGGUAGGGUUCGUGCGCGGUGAGUGAGAUGACAGAACGAAGACUCCUUAUUCUUUUUGGCAGCCAAACUGGGACUGCUCAAGAUACAGCUGAAAGAAUUGGCAGAGAAGCCAAACGCCGGCACUUCCAGUGCAGAGUAGAGGCUCUGGACAGCUAUGAUGUGGCAAACCUCAUCAAUGAGCUGUUGGUGGUGUUUGUGUGUGCAACCACUGGCCAGGGUGACCCACCUGACAACAUGAAGAUGUUCUGGCGGUUUCUGUUCCGAAAAAACCUGCCACCCACUUCCCUUUGCCAGAUGGACUACGCCGUGCUGGGCCUUGGUGAUUCCUCCUAUCCCAAGUUUAAUUUUAUUGCCAAGAAGCUGCACAAACGGGUGCUACAGCUUGGGGGCAACCCGCUGCUGCCAGUUGCACUGGGAGAUGACCAGCACGAUUUGGGGCCAGAUGCAGUGGUUGAUCCGUGGCUCCUGGCCUUAUGGGAUAAGAUCCUUGCACUGUAUCCUCUCCCUCCUGGCCUUGAGGUCAUCAGUCCUGAUGUACGCCUGCCCCCUAGAUACACGCUGCACUACCUGGCUGAGGACUCCCUGCACUCUGACAGCAGCCUGCUCCAGCCAACACCAGCCAGGGCUCUUCCUUCUGAGCUACAUCCCUUUGCUGCCCGGAUGGUGUCCAACCAGCGUGUCACAGCUGAAUCCCAUUUCCAGGAUGUCAGGCUCAUCGAGUUUGAUGUCACAGGAUCAGGGAUCACGUUCAGCGCUGGAGACGUGGUGAUGAUCCAGCCCCAGAACUGCCCUGAAGAUGUGCAGCAGUUCUGCCAGCUUCUUCGCUUGGAUCCAGACAAAUGCUUUUUGCUGAAGCCCACAGAGCCUGGCACAGCCCUCCCCGCCCACUUGCUGCAACCCUGCACCAUCCGACACCUGGUCACCCACUACCUGGACAUCUCCUGUGUGCCACGGCGCUCCUUCUUUGAGCUCUUAUCCCACUUCUCUACGAAUGAGCUGGAGCGGGAGAAGCUGCAGGAGUUCAGCUCUGCACAGGGCCAGGAAGAGCUGUACAGCUACUGCAACCGACCUCGCAGGACCACCCUUGAGGCCCUCUGGGAUUUCCCUCACACCACGUCUGCAAUUCCACCUGAAUACCUGCUGGACCUCAUCCCUCGCAUCAGACCCCGUGCCUUUUCCAUCGCUUCCUCCAUGCUGGUUCAUCCUGGCCGGAUUCAGAUCCUCGUGGCAGUAGUGCGGUACAAGACGCGGCUCAGCAGGCCCCGCCGUGGUCUCUGCUCUACAUGGUUGGCAUCUCUCAAUCCAGAGCAAGGUGAUGUCCGGGUACCUCUUUGGGUGAAGAAAGGAGGAAUGAAGUUCCCAGCUGACCCUGACACUCCUGUGAUCAUGAUUGGCCCUGGCACAGGGGUGGCACCUUUCCGAGCAGCUAUACAGGAGCGAGUGGCACAAGGACAGAAAGGGAACUGCUUGUUCUUUGGCUGCCGCCAGAAAUCCAAGGACUUCUACUGCCAGGCAGAGUGGGAAGAACUGGUGACAAAGGGCUUCCUGAUGCUUUUCACGGCCUUCUCCAGGGACCAGGAGGAGAAAGUGUAUGUUCAGCACCGCAUCAGGGAGAACGGAAGGCUGCUGUGGGAGCUGCUGAACGGCCAGGGCGCUCACAUCUACCUGUCUGGAAAUGCCAAGCAGAUGCCAGCGGCGGUGGCUGAAGCCCUGCAGUCAGUGCUGCAGCUGGAAGGUGGCCUGUCGCCCUCUGAAGCAGAAGAGUAUUUAUCAGCCCUGGAACGGUCCCAGCGCUUCCAGUCUGAAACGUGGUCAUAAGCCUGGCUCCCUGCUCUGCCUGAGCUGUGCCUGAAUAAAGGAGCCAGCAGAAUGAUCUGCCUUUGGCAUCGUCCUUGGGUUGAGGUUAUCCCAGCCAGAGUAGGGCCUGGCAGAGGGUGUACAUUAAUCCAACCCCAUUCCCAGGGACUGGCAGGGGAACCUGCUGGGGCUGUGAGUGAAGCCUGGCUCCCUGUGCACACUCCCCUCUGGGUAUGGGGGCCAGGGGUCUCUGUAGUGGGAAGCUACUGGCUGUCUCCUGCAUGGCACCGAGCUGCCUUCCUGGGUCCUUAGCUUAUGGUGUCCCCACGCUGGGCCAGCAGCACCUCCAAGCAUUGGUGUAGCUACAGCCUUAGCUGUGGCUGUUGUUUGUGGUAGGACCAAAAGGAAGUGAGCUGUUGCACGGCAGCCUCCCCACCCGGCAUUAGUCAGCAGCAGCAGUGCCUGCAGUGGGAGGCUGCCCCGACAGACCUGUUCCCUGUCUCUGGUGGCCGAGGCCAGCAGGGGCAGGCACAGGAGGCUUGGCCCUGAGUUCCUGGAGUGCCACUGAUGGUUUCCCAUUCCAUGAGCUGCUGGACCCAUCCUCUGCCCCAGCUUGUCAGCUGCCUCCAGCUGGGCCUAAGCAAGUCUGCAGUCCCCAGCCCUUUCCCUGGCAUCCCUUGUACUGCCAGCCCUCCUUGUGCCCCACUGGGACCAGUGCCACCAUCUUCUUAACCCAGUUCCUUGAGCUCCAUGCCACAGUGUAAAUAGCAUUUAGGGACCAGGCUGUGAUGACUCAGAGCCAGGGACAAUCCCUGGGAGCAGACUGGGACAGGAAGGGACAGGGGUGCCACGCCGUGCCUGUGACCCAGCUGCACUCCCACACAUGGGAUCACAGGGUCCAGAGUGUGUGGUGCUCCAGGGCAUUGCUGGAGCUGUGGUGAGAGGAAGCAGGGCAGUUUUUGGUCUCCCCACCCUGCUGCAUUUCCUCUGUGCCCUGGGGAUGGCUGGGGAGCCACGCGGAGCUGCUGCGUAACAGCCGUCGUGAUGGUGACAGUGUCCUCCUGCACAGGCACUGUCCAGGCUAUGCUCUCUCUUCCAGUGCCUGCAAGUCACUAUGGGCACCAUAGAAUUGAGUUGGAAGGACCAUCUGGUC